CUCUUUGUGUAUGCGUGAGAGAAAGAGAGAGAGAGAGAAAGAAAGGAAACCCCUUUCGCGGAAACUGCUAAAUGGUUUGAAUAUGGAAAUUUGUUUUUCGUAUUGUUGGACCAUUCUGGUCAUGGCGUGCGGAGUAUCCAAGGAUAAAUAGCCAGCGAUAGUCUUUGGAAACGAAGUUGAAGGAGAGAGAAAAGAACUAGUUUGCUAGUGAGACUAGCACAUACUAUACUACUACUCUCUACUCCAUCAAUUUCUUCAUCUUCCCAUCAAAAACAUGGUCAGAGCUCCUUGUUGUGAAAAGAUGGGAUUGAAGAAGGGUCCUUGGGCUCCCGAGGAAGAUCAAAUCCUCACUUCUUACAUCCAAAAACACGGCCAUGGAAAUUGGCGUGCCCUUCCAAAACAAGCUGGCCUGUUAAGAUGUGGAAAAAGUUGCAGACUGCGAUGGAUUAACUAUUUGAAGCCUGAUAUCAAGAGAGGGAAUUUCACAUCUGAAGAAGAAGAAACUAUCAUUAAGCUGCACGAGAUGCUGGGUAACAGGUGGUCGGCAAUUGCAGCAAAAUUGCCAGGAAGAACUGACAAUGAAAUAAAAAAUGUGUGGCACACCAAUUUGAAGAAGAGGUUGCUGAAUUUAAAUUCCAGAAGAGUCACAAAGCCAAAAAUCAGACGUUCUGAUUCCAAUUCCAGCAUCAUAACUGAAUCAGAAGCUGCCAAUUUUAAUUUCAGAGAAAUGGAUUCAACAUCUGCAUGCACCACUUCUAGUGAUUUUUCAUCGGUCACAGUUGGUGAAAGCAAAAAUAUAAAGUGUGAAGACAUAGAGUCUCUUGAGACAAUGCCCGUGAUUGACGAGAGUUUUUGGUCAGAACCUGCAAUUGAUGAAACACCCUCCAUGUCAUCACCAUCCAUGACAAUCUCAAAUCAGAUGCCAUUUCAAUACCCUUUUACUAACUAUGAGGAAACUUUCCAGCAGAGUCAUGCUUACGAUUCAAAGUUUGAUGACGGCAUGGAUUUCUGGUAUGACAUAUUCACCAGGACCACUGAUUCCACAGAAUUGCCAGAGUUCUGAAAUUUUCAAAUGUCACGUUCGAAGAGGGUAUUAUUAAAUUUACCGGAUAAUACUGUUCAAAUGAAAGGGUAACUUCAAUUUGACCGUUGCAACAAAAGGGUACCAUAAUUUCGGUGGUUGUGGGGACGCCAUUAUCGCCAGCUGCAAGAUCUUGGAGUCAUCCAUUGACAAAGAAAGCGGCCAGAGUAAUGGGAAAGGCUAAUGUUCUGUAAUGUAUGUACACAUGUAAUCUACUUGUCAAACACUGACUUUACUUUUUUUAGUGGAAAACACCAAUCUUCUAACAUUUUUGUAUUUUACAAAUUAGUGUUUAAUUAGGCUAGAGCUUUUUGAUUGUAAUAUCAAUAAAUGAUGUCCUAAACGUUAUUAUUCAAAAAUCCAUGCCCUUUUUUAAGACUUUUCUGGUAUCACGAUUAAGCAUUUACA